AUGGCCGAUCUCCUGGUAGGCUUCGUGUUUGCUCCCGAGGACGAGGUGGCCGUGGACUACUACCUGCUCCCUCGCAUCCUAGGCUGGCUGCUUCGGAUCGAUGACCUCAUCCUUGAGGAUGACCCGCUGAGCGCUCUGCCGUGGGAGCUCCUCAAGCGGAAUGGGUGCAAGGAGGAAGCUUUCUUCCUCGCGGAGGGGCAGGCGAGGUGCGGGAAGGGCGCGCGGCAGAAGCGAACCUGCGCAGGCGGCGGCUGGUGGGAGGGGCAGAAGACGUGUGCGAAAGGUGACAAGUUGCGCAUCCCCGGUGGUGGCGGCAGGGAGGCCGCGUGGCGGAAGAAAGCACUCAACUUCCACGGCGGCGGCGGCGGCGGGAAGGGAAGCACGGGAUGGGUGAUGCACGAGUACGUGGUCACCGCCCCGAAGGAUCUGGCGCGGUCACCGCUGAGAUUGUACCACAUCAGGCGCAACAGCUACGGGAGGAGGCAGAGCGGCGCCAUGGAGGUGCCGCGCGCGCUCGGCCUCCCGCCGGGCUUCCUCUUCGCGCCCGAGGAUGGCGACGUCGUCACGCAUUAG